UUUCCCAGAAUAUUUAGGCGAAACACAGACAUACAUGAUAUGAGGAAACCAAAAACAUAGCCAAAAUAAAGAAGCAGCAAAAAAAAGAAAAAAAUGAAGAGAUGGAGUCUUUACUUUAUUAUUCUACUCUGUCUCCUAACUCUGUUAAUCUUCAAUGGCCCUUCUUUGUUAACAACAGCUCAAAACCUUGACCCUUCUUCAAGUCUAUGUAAACGUACCUGUGGAGGAAUCUCGAUUCCUUUCCCUUUCGGUAUCGGACCGAAACACUGUUAUCUCAAUGACUGGUACAAGGUUGUCUGUAACACCAACACCACCUCCGGCUCCGGUAAGCGUCUAGCUCCGUUCCUCUCUAAGAUCAACAAAGAAUUAGUGAGCAUCACUCUUCGAAAUGACAUGGACAGUUCCCAUGGCGUUGUUCACAUCAAAACUCCGGUGACUUCCUCCGGCUGUUCUCAACGACCCGUAAAGCCUCUUCCUUUAAACGUCGCCGGUAAAGGAAGCCCCUUCUUCAUCACCCAGUCGAAUCGUCUCGUCUCUGUAGGUUGCGACACCAGAGCUUUGGUUACCGACAUCGAAUCUCAGAUCAUAGGAUGCGAAUCGAGCUGCGACAGGAACAAGAGUCGCCUAGGCCUAGACAGGAUCUGCAGUGGUUACAGAUGUUGUCAGGCGAUGAUCACGGCGGAUAGACCACAAGUGAUCGGCGUUGACUUAGAAAGCUCCGCUGGUGGUAACAUAACUCUUUGUAAAGUCGCUUUCUUGACGAAGGAGACUUACUCUCCGGCGAAUGUUACCGACCCGGAGCAAAUUUCUAGUAAUGGGUUUACUGUGAUCGAGCUUGGAUGGUUCUUUGAUGCAUCGGAUCAUCGGUUAGUGAAUCCAGUGGGUUGUUUGAAUUUGACGGAUGCUAAGUAUUACACGAGGGAACCGAGCUGUGUUUGCGAGUACGGUUACUUAUCUGGGUUUGGUUACAGUAACUGUUUCUGCAAUGACAUUGGUCACAGAGGGAAUCCUUAUCUUCCUGGUGGAUGUAUUGAUAUUAAUGAAUGCGAGGGAGAAUUAGGACGAAGCAGGUGUGUAGGACAAACUUGUGUGAAUGUCCCUGGAUCGUUUAGGUGUGUGCCAAAGGAAACAGGGAAGAUCUCGCCUAUGAUUCUAGGUGUUGUUCUAGGUUUGGCAUUGUUGUUCUUCGUUCUUGGGAUCUGGGGAUUAAUUAAAUUCGUUAAGAAGAGAAGGAAGAUUAUCCGAAAGAGGGAGUUCUUUAAACGUAAUGGAGGUUUAUUGUUGAAACAACAACUAACUACAGAAGGAGGUAAUGCUGAGACAUCUAGGAUAUUCAGCUCCAAAGAGCUGGAGAAAGCGACCGAUAACUUCAACAAGAACAGGGUUCUUGGACAGGGAGGUCAAGGCACUGUCUACAAAGGAAUGUUGGUAGAUGGAAGAAUCGUAGCUGUAAAAAGAUCUAAAGUUUUGGAUAAAGACAAAGUCGAAGAGUUCAUCAAUGAGGUUCAUGUUCUCUCGCAGAUUAACCAUAUAAACAUCGUGAAACUCAUGGGGUGUUGUCUCGAGACAGAGGUUCCUAUAUUGGUUUAUGAGCAUAUUCCAAACGGAGACCUAUUCAAACGCCUACAUGAUGAUUCAGAUGAUUACGCCAUGACUUGGGAAGUGCGUUUGCGGAUAGCUGUGGAGAUUGCAGGAGCACUUGCUUACUUGCACUCGGCUGCAUCUACACCGGUCUAUCACAGAGAUGUCAAGACCACAAACAUACUCUUGGAUGACAAGUAUAGAGCCAAGGUGUCGGAUUUUGGUACUUCGAGAUCUAUAAGCAUAGAUCAGACACACUUGACAACUCAUGUUGCAGGUACUUUUGGAUAUUUGGAUCCAGAGUACUUUCAAACUAGCCUGUUCACUGAUAAAAGUGAUGUUUAUAGUUUUGGGAUUGUCUUGGUUGAGCUUAUAACGGGAGAAAAACCGUUUUCUGUUGUGCGGCUUGAAGAAAACAGAGGGCUUGCAUCUCAUUUCAUCGAGGCCAUGAAAGAGAACAGAGUUCUUGAUAUAGUUGAUUCUCGGAUCAAAGAAGAAUUCAAACCGGAACAAGUAUUGGCUGUGGCAAAACUUGCGAGAAGGUGUUUAAGCCUAAAAGGGAAGAAGCGUCCAAGCAUGAGAGAGGUUUACAGUGACCUUGAGAAGAUCCGUUCAUCACUUGAAGAUUUAGAGGUAACUAUCGAAGAAGAGGAAGAAGAAGAAGAAGAAGAAAUGCCAAUAGAAAUUAACAUAGAUGAUUCUUGGAGUGUGGACAUGACUGCUCCAGCGUCUCUCUUUGAUUUAUAUCCUAAGUUAGAUGUUGAACCACUGGUACCUCGACGAACAUGGUCAUGAUGGAAUCUGACAAGACUGCAAUGAUGUACCAAAAUGUGGUUUAAUUGCGUGAUAACAAAUACUCCUAAUGUUCCACUCUACAUUCAAACCAUAAAAAUGUUUUCAAAAACCUUUCAGCAUUACAUUCUA